CCGACAGUCGCGCCUUGGGCACACUACAGAUCCACAGAAAUUUGGUUUUGGAAAAUUCCCGAAAUCGCUGCCGAGGCUGGAAACAAGUCGAUCCCAGCUCCAUCCCAUCCAGAAGCACAAAUCCCGCAAGCAAAUAGGAGACCAAAAACAUGGCCGACGAUUGGGAAUCCGCAGCAGACAGCGAUGUGGUCAUCCGGCCGACUGCCGCCGCCAGCGUAAACAAGUGGGAGGGCGAGGACGAGGAUGAGGACAUCAAGGACAGCUGGGAGGAUGAGGAGGAAAAAAAAGACGAGGAGAAGCCCACGAAAACAGAAGCACCAGCCAAACCGAAGCCAAAUAAGGCGCUAAAAGCCAAACUGGAACAGCAGGCGCUCCGAGAGGAGGAAGCGGAGGCAGAACGUCUGGCCAAUCUAUCGCCUGCAGAAAAGUUGGCUGAGAAGCUGCGAUUGCAAAAAAUCCAGGAGGCCUCUGAUCUCAAGCAUGCCCAGGAAGCGUUCGGCGUGACGAGUACGUGCGGAGGGCUUGACGCCUUCAACCCCGAGACCAAGGAGGAGUUCAAGGAGUUCGGCGCAACGCUCAGCUGGAAGGUGGCGCAGUUCCGCGAGUCUGAGCACUUCCCCCAGUUUGUUGAGGAUCUGGUGCGCAGCCUAUGCGUGAAUCUAAGCGCCGCUGACAUCAAAAAGGUCAAGAUGAACGUGGAGGUCUUGCACUCGGAAAAGCUGAAGCUGGAAAAGGCCAAUGCCAAAAAGCCCGCUGGAAAGGGCAAGGGCAAGGUUACUCUCCGCACCGAAAACGACGACAUUGACGGUUACCAAAAGUACGGAAAUGACUUCACCGAAGACUAUGAUGACUUCAUGUGAAUAGGAUCUAUGAAUGUAGUCCGCAUAUAUCUAAUUAUUGAAUACAUAGUUGCUUGUUGAAGAGUUCUUCUUGUUAGAGAUGCUGCGCAGGAAUAAGAGUCCUUUGUUAAAUAUAAAAUGGCAGAACCUAUAUAAAUAUGUAAAUAUAUAUUUAUAUAACCAUACAGAACACAAAACGAGAUACAGAGUCAAGUCAGGCAAUCAAGAAACCUCAACGAACACGCAAAUCCAGCUCCAAACCGAAAGAAUAUUUAGGCAACUGACUUAUGGCAACAGCAUAUGUAUGUAGGUCGUAUUCGGAACGGCUUCUUGUGAAAUUCAUUUUUGUAUAAAGAAUAAAACUACAGAUCGAUAUUAAA